AUGACAGGGCAAGAAUCAAAUGCUGCUGCCUUGCUCCAACUAUAUGUAGAGUGUGGUCGGCACAAGGAAGCAGUAAAUCUUUUGGUCGAGUAUAUUGACUCAUUUGCAGCAGUGCGACCAUCGGACAUUAUCAAGCGUAAGAAGCCAUUUGCCUCAUGGUUUCCAUAUUCGACUGUAGAGCUGUCACGGUGCCAACUGGAGGAUUCAAUUGCAUCUGGCUGCAUGGUUGAUCAAUCUGAGAAGCUCAAAAGUAUGUUGGAUGGAUCUUUACAUAAUCAUAUGAGGCUUUUGAAGGUGGAUACUGAUGAUGCAUUCGCCGCUGCUGCUCACUAA